AUGGCAAGGAAACUUAUGAAGCGUUCACGUAUACCACCUGCGUUUAUCAAGAAUUUCAACGGAGGAUCACUUCGCAAAUGUUCUCUUAGAGGCCCGAGUGGGAAAGAAGUUGGGAAUUUCCUGGUUUUCCGUUAUGAUGGUGAAUCAAAGUUCAAAGUGACAAUCUAUGAUAGAAGUGCCUGUGAGAAGGAUGUAGAGGUAGCCAAGAGGGGGAUUCGCAGUUCAGUUUCCAUCGAAAGUAAAGGAAAUCAAGUUAGAGUAAAAGAGGAAAUUAUAGACCUUGAAACUGAAAACUACAAUGAAGACUGUGAAAACAAAACAAGUAUUGCUAACAGAAGAAAUCGCAAUGCCAUGUCUGGAAAGAAACCUACAACUGAUUAUGUAGAGGAAACAUCAAGUGAAUGCAUCUCACUCAAAUCGGAUAAUCGAUGUUUUAUGGAAACUAUGAAGAGGCAUUACCGAUAUUGCUUGAUGAUUCCGAAGAAAGUUGCCAUAGCUGAAGGUCUUAAGAGUGCAAGGAAUGUUGGGGAGAAUGCUGUCAAGCGAACCAGAUUUCAGUUGGGGACACUGGUUUUUGAGUUUUUCAAGCAAAGUGCAAUUCAAGUACGUAUAUUUGGAGCAGUGAAUGGCAAGAGGUGUCCUGUGGUACUUGAUGCCCCAGUGGUGAAAAUUAAAGCUAGCUGA